UGUUUAAACAUCCUGGUAUCGAGUUCUCCAUGUCUCGUGAUCUGUAGGGUAUUGUAAAGUGAUGACUGGAGACCCAGUUUUCCUCGUCACAUGAGAUAGAGAUGAGUGACUCGGGGAUUUGUCCUCAAACGUUCGCUCGUCUCUAAAAACGGUGUAUUCAGUCAAAUAGAUAUCUUCUCGGCAACAACUUUUUUGUACGAACGAAGAAACCUUCAAAGUGACGGAAAUAUGGAUUUUCAUAAUUCCAAAUCAGUGAUAUGGAUCUCGAUGUUGAUGGUGUCGAUGGCGCUAAUGUGUAAGGCAGAUACAGAAGACAGUGAAACCACUACAAACAAUCUCAAGAAAUUGUGCUUCAGGGUUGCCACAAACGUAACUUGUAAAAUUAACGAAACAGAGAUAAAGUGUUCUACGAAGAAUCGUAAAAACCAAGAUACUAAAUGCAGUUUAUACUUUAUUAAUAUCAAAAAUAAAACAAUUCUGAUAAACUGUUCCAAGACGAGCUGGACGAUAUCUCAUGAUGUUUGUGAAUUAGUUAUGAAUAAAAUCUGCUUCAAGAAAACCAAGCAAACAAAAUUCGUAUACUCACGACCCUAUUAUUGUGAAUUAAAAAAUAUUACCACAGCAAAAACAACCAUAACAUCACCUUCUUCUGCAUCUACGCACAGUUCGAAACCCGACAGUCCUACUACUACUACCACUAUUACUGCUACUACUACUAAAUAUGGCACAUCUACGUCGACAGCAUCCACGCGAUUUGCAACGCCGUUAAUUAGCAGGAGUACGGCCAGUACAAAGACAGCAGUGACUUCUACACCAACACCUCGUACAACACCGGUGGCAACCAGUCACAGUUCACCUCUGUCUACGACAUCAACAACAUCGACACCAGUACCUCGGGGCCUAGCUAGUGAACCGUCAAAAAGUGCCGUGAUCGGUGGUGCUGUUGGAGCUGUGCUAAGUGUAGCUGUCGUUGUAGUUGUAGUUCUACUCGCGGUCUGGAUAAUUCGACGAAGAAAUGCGAGACAUCACAAAGAUGGCACUCGCGAGUCCAGAGAAUACACGAGCGGACACGAUCAGAUGCACGCUGAUGGGGUUGAGAACCCGACCUAUCAGAUGGACAUCAAACCGAGUGUUGACGAUUGCAUUCUGGAAAAACCGUCCUAUGAAUACAUAGGCAUUGGACAGAAAGGGGACUAUCAACAUCGACCAUACGUUAAAACCUACCCACUCGGAACACCGGGCGACGAAGGAAACACCCAAAACGAAUACCUGACUCUAGAAUCAUGGCCACCUAUGGAUGAGACGUACAACAGACUAGGGGAGGUAACUGACGAUGUGAGUGCGUCUCACAACGUUUACAACAGAAUCAACACUCCUGGUGUGACGACGUCAACUGGGACGACGACGACACGGCCUUGCCUAAAGUGACAACAACUGUCACCAACUCGGCGGAUACCGAAUAUAACACACUAAACAUCCAUGAAAAUAUCGCGGGCAAGGCUAGCACGCCCAAUGAGUAUUUUACCUUGGACGAUAACGCCGCAGCCGCUAUUAGAGAUAGUCUAACAGACGGAACUCCAAAUGAGUAUUUUACCCUGGAAAAUAACGCCGCAAGUGGCAUCAGGGACAGCUGAAAAUUAGUAUUUUACCAUGGAAAAGAACGCCGCAGCCGCUAUUAGAGAUAGCAUAGCAGAGAAAAUUUAAAAUGAACAUUUUACUCUGGAAGAUAAUGAAGAAACUGGAGACAAAUUAUAAUUACAAAAUGAAUAGUUUUUCAAAGCAGUCCCUGGAGGCUUAUGGGUAAUCUAUGACAAAUAUUGUAUUAUAUGGCAUUGUACUGAAUAUAUUUGUAGAGUUUCUUUUAAAAACCCGAAAAGACGUUUGCUCGGUCAAAUAGCUGAAUUUGUUUAUCUCGGUGGCAUGAGACAUAUUUAGAUAAUGUUUUAUUUAUGCAUGUUGACGUUUUUUUCUUUUCUUUUCUUUCUCUUUAACCGUUAACAAACUGUAUAUGGGACUGAACUGAAAUCAAGACACAUAAUCAUAGCUUUUCUUUAUUAUCCCCUGGACUUCGUUUAGUACUCACAUUGUGGAUUUAACAUUGUGGAUUUAACAUUGUUUUAACAAUUGUAUUAUAUUCGUGUAAACCUUUUAUUUCUACCUCUAACAAGUAUUAGCCAUUAACUACAUGUCUUGGACAGACAUCUGGCGACGUCACAUAUGAGUCCACGCUAGGCGUACUUAAACAGUUUUCUGAUGGACCACAAAUUACCUACACCACGAUUAGCCCUAGUUCUGAACGAACUACAGUCCAGAACAGCUUACUUAAAGGAUGAAGCCAUGAAAUGCGAUCAAAUUAUGGCCAAAACAAAUCAACAACAAUUGUUCUAAUAAGUUGGUCUAGAUUAGACUCGGUAUUGCCAUCAACUUUAUAGAAAGAAUGACUUGUACAGUCUUACAUAUUAUAUAGAUACCUAAACAUAUACUGAUAACUAGCACUAGAUUGAUCCUUUACAAAAGCUGAAUAAGAAAAUCACGUGUUUGUAAUUAUUUAAAUUGUAAAGUUAUUUGAUCACUUUUGUUUACUCCACUGAAUUAGACUUAGGUACCUUAUUAAUCGAAUAGGUAUAUUUAAUGGAACCAUUUCAUUAUAAAACUUACUUUUAAAAUUUAAAAUACUAUCUGUCGAAGAGUAAUGAUUAGAGUUUUUUCUCCGUUAUGUUAAAAAUUGUAAUACAUGUAUGUAUUUAUUCAGUUCUAUUAAAAUAGUUUCUAAUUC